AGGCAAACGCAGGAACAAAUCCCACAUUUGGUGAGGUGAGUGUGAGAAGCAGAAGCAUUUCCUAAUAGCAAUACUCAGAAAUGGCAGCCUCAGUUAUGGCUUCUUCAGUCAACCUCAAACCUUGUUUCAGUGUUGGGAAAUCAGGUGUGAGAGGCGUCCCUUCCCUUGCCAGGGCUCCUUCUUCUUUCAAGGUUGAAGCCAAGGGUGGCAAGAUCAAGACUGACAAGCCUUAUGGAAUCAAUGGUGGCAUGAGCUUGAGGGGUGGUGUUGAUGCCUCUGGAAGGAAGGGCAAGGGAAAGGGUGUUUACCAAUUUGUUGACAAGUAUGGUGCUAACGUGGAUGGGUACAGCCCUAUCUUUGACACCAGGGACUGGUCUCCCUCCGGUGAUGUUUAUGUUGGCGGUAAUACCGGUCUGGCAAUCUGGGCAGUCACCCUUGCCGGCAUACUUGCCGGCGGUGCUCUUCUAGUUUACAACACAAGUGCUUUGGUACAGUAGAUUUCUCUAUUUUAAUCGGUGUUGUAUUAUAGCCUGUCCGAUCUAGUUGUUCAAAUCAAAAUACCUUGAAGGACUACUUUGCAUUAUCUAUAUGUAUAACGUUUUUCCUUGGAUUGAAUUGAGGUCUAGUAUUAGCUUUUA